AUGAGUAAUAAUACCAUCCUGAGUCAUAGUACUACACUUACAUCAGAUUCCGACCAUGAAGAGCAUGAGCCUGAAACGAAUACAACGUCCGAGAAGAAUCUGCAGCAGUUGAUGAAGAAAAAUGUCAACUGGUCUUCGGUCGGUAUUGUGCCUCCUGCACCAGACACGACGGAGUUUUCCGAUGGAUGUUGCAUGAAUACCGAUUCCAGCAUGUCUACCGAUGCCGUACAUCAAAAAUCCCUUCCAAGCUUCUUCAUCGAACGGUUGCUCGGUUUCGGGAGUGUGAACCAUUCUGCCACCAAUGCUGGUGGCUGUCACUCAAAGGAGGACCCGCUGAUGGAGACACUGCUGAACGUCUCCAAAUUGAGCUCAGGUGAAAAAAGUACGGCAUCGACCGGUACACCGGCAAGCCUCUGCUCAACACCACCAUCCGGCAGUGCCAUCUCGAUUGCCAGCGAACGGGAAUGGUGUGGUGCCGCCACCUCUCUGGCGGCACUGUCCCCAACUGGGUCACCGCCGCCGGAACAAACUGUCCCGGGAUCUGCACUGGAGUCGGAGACACAAUCACCUUAUAAUCGAUCCUGUCUCGCCUCAAUAGUCUACAAUCAAGCCGGGCAGCAAUCAAUCCCGGGUCGUAAGGUUAACACCGUGUACAUAGCCUGGCCGGAAGGCAGAACGCUGGAGGUGAAUCUGAACCGCUUUCAGCGGAAGGUGCUGUCGCACGGUACGCACGAUCUGGCAACGUACGGAAAAUGGCCACCAGAACCGGGGACGACGCCGCAUCUCCUGCAGGAGCGUCCUUCGCACAAACCGAACCUCUCCAAGCUCAACAUCAGCAGCGAUCCGUACUUUCAUUUGCAAGCCUCCUCGCUGGUGAAGCGCUACCGGAAGCAGAACCGGGAAAGGAAACCGCGCCAGGCGUACAGUGCGAUGCAGCUCGAGCGUCUCGAGGAUGAGUUCCAGCGAAACAUCUACCUGAACGUAAACAAGCGCUUCGAGUUGGCGCAAUGUCUCGGGCUAACCGAAACCCAGAUCAAGACCUGGUUCCAGAACCGGCGCACCAAAUUCAAGAAGCAGCAAGACUCGCGCAACAAGCGCGAACAGCGACAACAGGCACAGUUGAUCGCCCAGUGGCUGUUUCAACCACAGCAGGUCGGUAGCAUCCCGCUGGACGGGCAGUUUCAGCCGGUGUCCCGGCUGCCGGUACUGCCCACCCAUCGUUCAUCGCUGGCGCUCGCCCAGAGCACACUCCAGUCUGCACUGAUGGCACCGUACCAUCUGCUACCACCUGCACCAUUGACCGUUCCGCUGCAACAGUCGCAACAACAGCAGCGUGCCUUGGACAAAGGACCUCGCAUUGUAGCGCCGGUCUACACGGUGCGCUCCUCGACCGGUGCGCCACUGUUUCCCAACGCCGUACCGUUUGCAACGUGCAUGGUGCCGCUGGGGGGAACCGUCGCAAAGGAACCGGGUGAAACAUCGGCUCAAUGUGCACCAGAAACGCUAGCGCCGAAUGAGAAGGUUAACGUGCAAUGUUAG